AUGUCAGAUUCUAAAGUUAUUUCUGAUUUAGAACUUUACAAGAAACUAACAAAAGAGCAAACUGAGCUUAGUCCUUUAUUUAAUACAUAUAACUUCUAUCUAUCGACUUUAGAACAAAUAAAACAAUCUAAAACUAUUUUAAAUGAUGAAACUGACCAAGAAUUAAUUCAAUAUGCUAAAGAAGAAUUGCAUACUUUAAUAGAACAACAAAAAACCCUAGAAAAAGAUUUACAAAUUCUAAUUUUACCAAAAGAUCCAGAUGAUAAACGUAAUGUUAUUAUGGAAAUUAGAGGGGCUACUGGUGGAGAGGCUGGUGGUUUUAGUCAACUUAUUUUUGAAAUUAUAGGUGAAAACGCUUAUGGGAAACUAAAGUUUGAAACAGGUGCACAUAGAGUACAAAGAGUACCAGUAACUGAAGCAUUAAAUAGAAUUCACACUUCCACUGUGACAGUAACUGUGAUGCCAAAGGUUGAUGAGGAAAUUAAUAUCGAGAUAAAUCCUAGUGAUUUAAGAAUUGAUACUUAUCGGGCAUCAGGUGCUGGUGGACAACAUGUAAAUAAAACAGAUUCGGCUGUAAGAAUAACUCAUUUGCCGACAAACAUUGUUGUUCAAUCACAAGAUGGAAGAAGUCAAAUAGCAAAUCGUGAAAUGGCACUAAAUUUAUUAAAAAGUAAGUUAUAUGAACUAGAAAUAAGAAAAAAGCAAGACCAAGAUUCUUUUUAUCGAAAAAUGGCGGGCUCUGGUGCUAGAAGCGAAAAAAUUAGAACUUAUAAUUACCCACAAGAUAGAGUAACAGAUCAUAGAAUUAAUCUAUCUAUUUCUUUAAAAACUGUUUUAAAUGGUAAAUUAGACUCUAUUAUUAAUUCAUUAUUAGCUUUAGAAUAUGAAACUCAAGAAGUAGUAGAAUUUGCUUUAACAAAAAUAAAAGAAAAUGAUUCUAUUUUGGAUUUAGGUUGUGGAAGUGGUUAUAUUGGUCUAACAAUAAAAGCUAAAAAACCAAAUACCAAAGUAGUCUGCUCUGAUAUUAACAAAAUAGGACCCAUUUAUAUGACAAGUGCUAAUAUAUCUGGGGAACCAGUUUUAAGCUUUGAAGAAGCAAUAAAAAGAUUUAAUAUAAUUAAAAAGCAUUAUAAUUUUGGAGAAGGUAGCAAUAUACCAUCUAAACUAAUAGAUGUAAAAACGAAAAAGGAAGUGGAGAGAAAUAAAUUAUGA